AUGAACAGCUGGAGUGUGUAUCACCUGGUAGUCCUUGCCUUGCUCUUUGCUUCCGAGUCUAGUGCGGAGUAUGAUGAUGGUGAUGAUGAUGAGAUAUUAGAUAUUGACCCGGACCAGAUUAUUUUUAAGAUUAGUAAUACGUUGCAUGGUAUUACUGUAACAUGGAGGACCCCAGAUAAAAAUAUAACCCCUGAGUGUUAUGAAGCUGAAGUGCAGUUCAAGAGCCAGUGUGUCAAAGACUGGAAGGAAGGUCAGAGGAUUGAAGUGAAACAUAAACAUGAGGUGCAUAAUUUGAACCUGUCCACUGUCAGCAUGAAGAUGAAUUACGAUUUCAGAAUAAGAAUGAAGAAGGAGUGUCAGCAAAAGGACUGGAGCAAUUGGACAAAAGUACAAGGUUGGGGAAACAAUGCAGGUGCUUGUAUGGUAGAAGCAUCCGCCUACAUAUGGGUUUAUAUUUUGAUAAUUGUGCUGCCACUAACCGCCUUUCUUCUUGUUUGUCUGUUGACUCAACAGGGAAUUAGAAGACUGAUCCUUCCUGAAAUACCAGAUCCCAAACACUUCAAAAAUAAAAUCAUGGACACUGAACAGUCUCAGUGGUGGGAGAACCUUACGCAGUGGAAUGAGGAAUGCUCAACAACAGAUAUUGAGAUUAUGGACAAGAACGAAAGGGAAGAGCAACAUCAAACUUUGGUAAUACAGCCCAUGGACACCAGCCCAGAGCAACAUGACAGCAUGUACUGCAUCUACUCCUCUCAAACAUCUGGUGAAAACACAGAACUGCAGAACUCUCAGAGUGUGUUGGGGUAUAUCAUCCUUUAA